GAGGAAACGCCUGAGACACCCCCUCCUCAAGCAGCACUGUCCUGCUUGUAGAGGGUCCCCAACCGAGGGCGUCCUCCGGGGCCGGAUUGGACCCUGCUUCAGAGAGGCGGGACCCAAGGCUAGCGGGUGGAGGAGUAUUUAAGCCUGGGCGUAGUUGGAGGUUGCUAAGAGCAAAAUGAGUGGGCUACUGGGCGCCAGGACCUGCUCGAGGCCAGGAGAGGCCUCCGACCUUAAGUCCCCUCUGAGUGCCAAGCUCAGGGAACCUCUUACCGAGGCCCGGUUCCAGCAGCUCUUCGGGGACGCAGAGCAGGAGAGGGAGCUACUGGCGGAGCCCCGCUGGUCCGAGCUGUGCAGACGGUGGAAGCGGCGGACCCGCGCCUGUUCCGGACCAGGGGCGUGGCGCCUGUUGCUGGCGCGGCUGCCCCCACUGCGCUGGCUGCCCCGCUACCGUUGGAGGGCCUGGCUGCUUGGGGAUGCGGUGGCUGGAGUGACUGUGGGCAUCGUUCACGUGCCCCAGGGCAUGGCUUUUGCCCUCUUGACCUCCGUGCCCCCAGUGUUCGGCCUCUACACGUCCUUCUUUCCCGUCCUUAUCUACACCUUGUUGGGCACUGGAAGACACCUGUCCACAGGAACGUUCGCCGUACUCAGCCUCAUGACGGGCUCGGCCGUGGAGCAGCUAGUGCCCGAACCCCUCGGGGGAAACUUGAGCGUAACCGAGAGGGAACAGCUGGACGCUCAGCGAGUCCAGGCGGCUGCGGCCUUGGCCUUCGGGAGCGGGGCGUUGAUGCUGGGGAUGUUCGCGCUGCAGCUCGGCGUCCUGUCCACCUUUCUGUCAGAGCCAGUGGUUAAAGCGCUGACCAGCGGGACCGCGCUGCACGUGCUCGUGUCCCAACUGCCCAGCCUUUUGGGGUUGCCCCUCCCUCGCCAGAUCGGCUGCUUUGCCCUCUUUAAGACGCUGGCCGCUGUGCUGACAGCGCUGCCUCGGAGCAAUCCGGCCGAACUGACCAUCUCUGCACUCAGCCUGGCGCUCCUCGUGCCAGUCAAGGAAUUGAACGUGAGGUUUCGAGACAAGCUACCCACCCCGAUCCCAGGGGAAAUCGUCAUGGUGCUUCUGGCCUCCGUGCUCUGCUUCACCUCUUCCCUGGAUGAGAGAUACAACGUCCAGAUAGUGGGGCUGCUGCCUGGAGGAUUUCCCCAGCCUCUCUUCCCCAACCUGGCUGAGCUACCCAGGGUUCUGGAUGAUUCACUGCCCAUCGCACUGGUUACUUUUGCUGUGUCUGCCUCCCUGGCCUCCAUCUAUGCAGACAAGCAUAGCUACACUAUUGACGCCAACCAGGAGCUCUUGGCGCAUGGUGCCUCCAACCUCAUCUCCUCCCUCUUCUCUUGCUUUCCCAACUCGGCCUCGUUGGCCACCACCAGCCUCCUGGUGGAUGCUGGUGGGAACACACAGCUGGCAGGCCUCUUCUCCUGUGUAGUUGUCCUAUCCGUGCUGCUGUGGCUGGGACCCUUCUUCUACUAUCUGCCCAAGGUAAGGAGCAGAGAAAGUGUGGGGGUGGCGGGAAGGGCGGUUAUAUUCCAGGAUAUUGGGGUGGCUAGUUUGUGUCCUCUGUCCCAAGGCUGUCCUGGCCUGCAUCAACAUCUCCAGCAUGCGCCAGAUGUUCUUCCAGAUGCGGGAACUUCCACAACUAUGGCGCACCAGCCGUAUGGAUUUUGCUGUGUGGAUGGUCACAUGGCUGGCUGUAGUGACCCUGAGUGUGGACCUGGGCCUGGCCGUAGGUGUGGUCUUCUCCAUGAUGACUGUGGUCUGCCGCACCCAGAGGUGGGAGUAGAGAUGAGGAGAGCCGAGAUGAGGGAGGGGAGACAAAGGAGUGCUUGGGGUGACUUUGCAGCCGGACCAGGCUGGGGAUCUGACCCCAGCUUCCUGUCAAGGGUGCAGUGUGUGGCGCUUGGACUGGCUGAGGGGACGGAGCUCUACCGGCCACUCAAAGAGAGCCCCAAGCUCCUCCAGGUGCCAGGGCUCUGCAUCCUCAGCUAUCCAACACCUCUCUACUUUGGGACCCGUGGGGAGUUUCGCCGUAUGCUAGAGUGGCAUCUGGGGCUUCGAAGAGGCAAGAAGACUCCAAAGACAGAUGGCCCACCUGACGCAGUUGCUGAGCCUGUCCGAGCAGUGGUCCUAGACUGUGGUGGUAUCACCUUUGCAGAUGCUGCUGGGGCCAGAGAAGUGGUACAGCUGGCCAGCAGAUGCCAAGAUGCUGGGAUCCACCUUCUCCUGGCUCAGUGUCAUGGUGAGAGCCUCAGUGCUGGGGACACUGACCCAGGCAGGACUCCUGGACAGAGUGACCCCAGAGCAGCUGUUUGUGAGCGUCCAGGAUGCAGCUGCCUAUGCCCUGGCAAGACUGGAGCUCGCUGGUCCGAAGACUUGCACGGUAUGGGUCUGACCCAGUUAUUUGGAGUGUGGAGGGCUCAACAAUGUGUGUGUGAGGAGGGCCUUGCCCCUGAGCCCCCUUGCCUAAUGUAACUAAUAAAACGAAGCUGAGAGCCUCUGGGAUUCA